AUGUUCACCAAGAUCACUGCCAUCCUCCUCCUCGCUCUCGACGCCAUGUCCGUCGCUGCCCAUGACAACUGCAACACCGGCCCCGUCCAAUGCUGUGGCGCGACUUACGCCCCGGGCAACUACGACGUCACCAAGAUUGCCUCGCUCGUUGGAGUUGCCGUCUCUGAUGUCUCUGGAACGGUCGGUCUUGGGUGCAGCCCCAUCACUGUCAUCGGUGCUGGUUCUGGCGCGGCCUGCCAUACUUCCCCUGUGUGCUGCGAGAAGAAUUUCCAGAACCAACUCGUGGGCGUCAACUGCUCUCCCAUCACUGCUCAGCUCUAA